ACAGUUGUCCAUGUAUCCCGUGUGAUGGGGAGUCGCGUGGAGCGGACGACUCUUUCCAUAUUCCGCUUCCUUCCGCGCUCAUCCUUCUCCUCUUCGCCUUCGAGAUGGCCGUUGCUGCCGCCGCUGCCGUUGCCGAGAAGCUUUCCGAGUUGAUAUUCUCUGGGGACGACGAUGGUUGGGCCGCGGCCGUCCCGAAUCUCCAGAAGAAUCUGACGGUCCUCUCGCCGGAGCAGAUUGAGCUUGCAAAGAUGUUGUUACUAGAGGGACAGAAACAUCUAUUUGAACAUUGGCCAGAGCCAGGUGUUGAUGAUGGGAAGAAAAAGGAUUUCUUUGAGCAGGUUGCUAGGCUCAAUUCAAGUUAUCCUGGUGGUUUGAGUUCAUAUAUUCAGAAUGCAAAGAGGCUCUUAGCAGAUUCAAAAGUUGGUAAAAAUCCCUAUGAUGGCUUUACUCCUUCGGUACCGUCAGGACAAGUUCUGACAUUUGGUGAUGCUGACUUCAUCAGGUUGGAAGAGGCUGGCAUUAAAGAAGCCAGGAAAUCGGCAUUUGUUCUUGUUGCAGGAGGCCUUGGUGAACGUCUAGGAUACAAGGGUAUUAAAUUGGCUCUCCCCAUAGAAACCACCACUGGCCGAUGCUUUAUGCAGCACUACGUAGAAUCUAUUCUAGCUCUGCAGGAGUCUAGUUGUAGACUAGCACAAGAUCAACAUCAAUCAGAGAUUCCUUUGGUGAUAAUGACUUCUGAUGACACUCAUACACCAACGAUAAAACUGUUGGAAUCAAACAAUUAUUUCGGAAUGAAAUCCACACAAGUGAUAUUACUUAAGCAGGAAAAAGUAGCCUGCCUAGAUGAUAAUGAUGCAACGUUAGCAUUAGAUCCCAAUGAUAAAUACAAAAUUCAGACAAAGCCUCAUGGUCAUGGCGAUGUGCAUGCACUGCUUUAUUCCAGUGGACUUCUCAAUAAAUGGAAACAAGAAGGCAUAAAGUGGGUCCUGUUCUUCCAAGAUACUAAUGGACUACUCUUUAAGGCAAUUCCAGCUUCCUUGGGAGUUAGUGUGACAAAGGGUUACCAUGUCAAUUCUCUUGCUGUUCCUAGGAAGGCGAAGGAAGCUAUCGGAGGAAUAACAAAGCUUACUCACACUGAUGGGAGGUCAAUGGUCAUAAAUGUGGAAUAUAAUCAGCUGGAUCCAUUGCUUCGAGCAACUGGGCAUGCUGAUGGAGAUGUGAAUUGUGAGACAGGUUUUUCUCCAUUUCCAGGAAACAUAAAUCAGCUUAUUCUGGAACUCGAGCCAUACAUAGAGGAACUUAACAAAACAAGAGGUGCUAUUUCAGAGUUCGUUAAUCCAAAAUACAAGGAUUCCACAAAAACUGCCUUCAAAUCAUCAACUCGAUUGGAGUGCAUGAUGCAAGAUUAUCCAAAGUCUCUAUCUCCAUCAGCAAGGGUUGGUUUCACUGUGAUGGAUACAUGGCUCGGUUAUGCACCAGUGAAGAAUAACCCUGAGGAUGCUGCUAAGGUGCCAAAGGGGAAUCCAUAUCACAGUGCAACAAGUGGUGAGAUGGCUAUUUAUAAGGCUAACAGCAUUAUUCUCAAAAAGGCUGGAGUCCAGAUAGCUGAUCCCAUUACUGAUGUCUUCAAUGGACAAGAAGUAGAGGUUUGGCCGCGCGUAACAUGGAAUCCAAAAUGGGCGUUGACAUUUAGCGAUGUGAAAAGAAAAGUUAAUGAGGCAUGUUCCGUGUCACAAAGAUCCACUUUGGUCAUCAAUAAUUCAAAUGUGAUCCUCGACACUCUCUCCUUGGAUGGAACUCUUAUUGCUAACGAAGUAGAGGUCAAACUGGCAGGCGCCGUUCAAAACAAAGGAUGGGUUCUUCAGCACGUCGAUCACAAAGACAGCUCCAACCCUGAAGAAAUCCGCAUAAGAGGUUUCAAAAUCCAAAAGGUGGAGCAGCUCGAAUUGAACCAUGUAUGAACUUCGGAAGUGUCUGUUUCAAGUCACGAAUAAAGAAGCUUCUCAAAUGCUCUAUCGACACCAUCCAAGAGGCUCAUGCUUGAGCCUCGAAAGUUGUCUGUUUCAGGUGAUGAAUAAAAGAAAGCGUCGCACGCUUCAGAAUGGUUCAUGUCCAAGGUCUCAUCAAGUGUUAUACAAAACUACUGCACAGGAAUGCAAAUAAGCGUCUCACACACCUCCACACCUUUUCCUGCUUGUUCAUGAAGAAUUUGUACGGUGCCUCAACUGGUUUAGUGAUGAAAUAUUUGUUACUUUCUGCACAUGAAUAAUUCAUCUAUUUAUUUAUGAAGAAUUCUUAGGAAACU